CCUGGUUUCUCUAAUUCACUUCACAUUCAGUUGAUUCUCCUUUCCUCCCUCCACCAUUCCCACUCGCCUUCCUCCACUCUCGCCCGCCCCUCUCCUUUCCCCCACAAAAGUAAAUAACCCAAACCACCUUCCCUUCUCUCUCGCAGUAAAUGUAAAGCGGCGUCUCUGCCGUUUGGCUAAACGAGCUCUGACAGAAAACCGCCACACUUCGCCUUUCCUUUCCCUCUCUUUCUUUUCCCUGUCCCUCCGGCAGCCGACCCUGCAACUGCAAACACUGCCACAAACGAUUAAAGCCGAACGACUUUUCUCACUCAUCCUCUCUCUCUCUCUCUCUCUCUCUCUCUCUCUCUGCUAAUUUUGUUUUCCUUAUCUCGUUAAAAGGAAACAGUAAAAGAGAAUUUCAAAUUAGGCGUGAGGUUUUUUGUUUUCCGUUUCUCCCGGAGAGGCAAAAAUGCUGGAAGCGGUCAAGUACUUGAUCGGCGCGCACGGAGCUAGCGGCUAUGGCUCAAAAUCCACCGCCGAGGGAGUCACUGAGAACUCCGGCGAUCUGCGCUCCCUCACCGCCAUCAUCACCGGAGCGACGUCCGGGAUAGGAGCGGAGACGGCGAGGGUGCUGGCGAAGCGAGGGGCGAGGGUGGUGAUGCCGGUGAGGAAUAUGAAGGCGGCGGAGGAUACGAAGGCGCGUAUCUUAUCGGAGUGCCCCGAUGCGACGGUAAUCGUGAUGGCUCUGGAUCUAAGCUCGCUCCGUUCCGUCAGAAGCUUCGUCACUGAGUUCGAGUCACUCGAUUUGCCUCUCAAUCUCCUCAUAAAUAACGCCGGAAAAUUCGCCCACCAGCAUGCGAUCUCGGAAGACGGGAUAGAGAUGACCUUUGCCACUAAUUACCUAGGCCAUUUUCUGCUGACGAAUCUGUUGGUGGGGAAGUUGACCGAAACGGCGAGAGAAACGGGGAUCCAGGGGAGAAUCGUGAACGUGUCGUCGGCUAUUCAUGGCUGGUUCGCCGGCGACAUGCUGCAGUAUCUGGCAGAAAUUUCUCGACAGAAAUGCCCUAAUUACGAUGCUACACGUGCAUAUGCUCUCUCCAAGCUUGCUAACGUCCUCCACACCAAACAGCUUGCCCAUAGGCUCAAGGAAAUGAAGGCGAACGUGACGGCGAACUGUGUGCACCCAGGAAUCGUGAGGACGAGGCUGACGAGGGAGAGGGAAGGGUUCGUGACGGACGCGGCCUUCUUCCUGGCUUCCAAGCUCUUGAAAAGCAUCCCUCAGGCAGCCGCGACAACUUGUUACCUUGCAACAAAUAUAAGGGUGGGGAAGGUGUCGGGGAAGUACUUUGCGGAUUGCAACGAAGCAACAGCGUCCAAGUUGGGAUCCAGCGCAAGCGAGGCAGCUCGCCUAUGGUCCGCCUCUGAAAUCAUGGUCUCUUCUGCUUCAUCUCCUCCUCCUACUACUACUCAUCACCCAAACUAGAAAAAAAGAAAGCAGAGAGCUCUUUUGAAAAUGUCAUGCCCCCACUUACCCUUCUUUUUUGCCUUAGACUAUUCGCUAGCAACCACCUGACGACGAGACGACCCCAGCUUCCAUUCCCCCAGCCCAUAAAAAGGAAAAAGGUGAAAAAAGCGCAAAGUUAAAGGAGUGAUCCAUAAUCAGCAAUAAUGAUUAAGGAGAUAACUAGGAGUACUAUGUAGGACCCUCCAUAUUUAUAUAUAGAUACAAGUACCAUAGAUAUAUAGAUCGAGAAAGAGAGAGAGAGACUUCAAAAUUUGUACACAGCUUAGUUAAGGAUGUUAGUGAUAAAUAUAUAGACAGAGUUUUGGUAAAGAAGAAAGUGGUGCUUAAUGUAGUUUAAGUUUGUUAUAGUUCUGAUAAUCAAUGUAUUUACCGUAAUGAAUUAGAGAGAGUUGAAUGAAGUAUGUAUGGUCCCGUAGCUCGUAUUGUAUGUUAAUAAGGGGGGGGGGGGUUGAUUACAACAUAUAAUAAAACAAACCUAUAUAAAGUGGU